AUGCAAGCGGCCUUUCUUAAUAAGAAGUUAAACAUAGUACGGGAUGCUUUGAAUGUUAGCUUCAAAGACCAAAGUCUGUGGUUUUACCAUUGCCUUUUGAUAUCUCACAACAUAGACCAUCUCAUUCGGCAGACUGUUGUGCCAGCUUUAUUUUCAAAGGAGAGAAUUGUCUCUGAAGCGCGAGAUUACGGAUUUGCGAGGACCUUGGAGCGGCUAGAACAAGGGCUAGUGCGGGUGCCAGUGGCACCCUGGUCUAAAGAUCUGGCUGACAAAGUUCCAAGGUUGCGAGCCCUAGAUCCCAUGCGUACUGGUAGUGGAGCUACUCUCCAAAAGCAAGCAGAGGAGAAUAUACGAUCACCUUCAGCAAAUAACCUUGAGUCGCCAGUCCAGAGCGAAGACCCACGUAAUUCUCCGGUUGCGUCAGUCAACUCACCAGCUGUAUCGCGGAUGUCUGCCCUAGAUGACGGCCCACUUAGGCGCAGAUGCUCUACAGAUGCCGCCCAUAGGCACAAUAACAUCGCCAAUCCCCAACGUAGAACCAACGGUAAUCUUAUUUCUCCUGCGCCUACGAUCGAUGCUCCUCAACACGAUGAUAGCUCUCCACUUCGAGUCUGGUCCAAUCCAUUUGCAAUACCUUCUAAAAUCAUCAAGAAUACAUGUAGGAACAAACGCACCUGGAUAUGGCUAGCCCCGUGGUCAACAUGGUCUUUUACUAUUCGGCUGAUGCUCAUGAUAAAUGAGAAGCUACAUCCUGGAAACCCUUCGAUCCCGCCCAAUAUAAUUGAUCCCGAAAUAUGGACCUUGCCAAAGGGUCCGUUAGUAGAUAUUCCCGAUUUUAGCAGUCUACCGUCGCUAGAUCACGCUCUAUAUCUCUUAAACUCCGUCAAGUUUCAUCUUGGUCAGACAUACCGCUUUUUUAACGAAAUGGAGAUUGAGAAUCAAAUACGUGAUUUUUACUCUGAUCCUCUUCAAAAAACCGCAGAAUGCCCUCUGUGGUUUGUCAAGUUCCUUUUGAUCCUUGCCUUUGGAACGGCUUUUCAAGCACAGACGCCGGAAACGCAAGAGCCGCCUGGAGCAAAAUUCUUCAUACGAGCAAUGGCUUUAUUACCAGACCCUACUUCCCUCUGGAAAGAUAGUCUGUUGGCAAUUGAGGUCUUGGCGUUGGUUGGAUUGUAUUUAUUUUCAAUCAACGAAAGAGAAUCGGGCCAUAUCUACCUUGGCCACUCAGUACGCAUCGCAUUACUAGAGGGGCUACAUACACAGCUUCCUGAACAUGAACUUGGCGUAGAAACUGUCCACGCUUGCCGUGAUCUCUGGUGGACAUUAUACCUCAUGGAUAGGCACUUCUCAUCGUCUUUGGGGCUCCCAAUGUCGGUACAAGACGGCGAUAUCACGACUCCUAUUAGCCCACCUAGCGCAAAUUCUAGAGGAGAUAGUUGCCGCACACUCCAAGUCAACCUUGCACAUUUAUUAUCAGUCAUACUUACUACAGUGUACAAACCACAUAUAACUCCACUCGGAACAUUCCUGGAACAGACAAGAUCUAUUCUACAUACAUUGGCCCAUCAUGCUCAAGAAAUCGAGAAGAUCAUUAGCCUUCUGCAAAGCUCUGUCGGUACGAUGCCAAGAGAUACGCGACACCUAACUUUGAUGUACCACCAGUGCGUUAUUGUAGGGACACGCCCACUCCUAUUAUCAGUCUUAAAAGAAAGGCUUGACGUAUUAGGAUAUCCUGGUGACGAUCAUUGCGAGAGCUUUUUAGCCCAGACAGGGACUGUCAUCUCAACGGGUAUCAAGUCGGCCGCUAAGACACUCCAGAUUUUAACAAGCGAGUACAGUCUCUUAGAAGCAUUCUUGCCAUACGAUGUUGAGUUCACGUUCGGAGCUGCUCUUCACUUGACUAUGGCCAACGCCCUAUUUCCGGGCGUGGUUGACUACCAAAGUUGUCACCAGCUAGCACACCAAAUUCUAGAUGAUUUGAUUUCUAGGGGAAACCGAGUGGCUAAAUUGAGGAAGACGGAAUUGUGUCAUCUAGAAGGCCUGUAUCGGGAAUUCCAAACGCGACAGCAAGGCCAUCGAAUGCUAUAUUUAUUUAAUCCGGAUGGUACGACAAUCGAGUCCAUACGAAAAGAGAAUCAAGACCGUAACAGGCAUCUUGCAGCGGAUAGCGAUACCAGUACACUCGUAACAACAGCAGAUCACAGGCAUCAUUCGCACUCUCCACAUCCGCAUGCCACCAGCAAUAUGGAGUUUCUUGACAACAUCGGCAUCUCAUCGGAGGAAUUUCUCUCUAUAGUACAAGAAAUUGGAGAUCCAGAAUCGCUCCCUGAGAGCAUGUUGACGUUAUUUUAACUUCAGG